AAUGUCUUAGUUAUCUGAAUCAUCAGAAUUUUUUUAAAAUUGCGAUGAAGAAGUAACGUCAGUUUGUAAAAAGCUUCAAUAAAUUUUAACUACUCUUGAUUCCCAAGAUGAUAAAAUAUUUGCAUUAAAGGAGGCAGAAAGUUGUAUUGAUUCAGCAAAUGAAAAUGUAAAUAUUUCAAUAAAAAAAGUUAAAAUAAAUGGAAGUGGAAUUAUAAGGAUUUGCUAGGCAUAUUAAAGAUAAUUUAAAAGAAUAAUUUACAAUGCAAAAAAAAAAAUUAGAUGAGAUGAAAAAGGUUUAUAAUUAGAUGAAAUCUAAGUAUGAAAACUAAACAUCAAAAUAACAGUUAUUUGGUAAGGAUCACUAAAGGUAAAAACUUCUUAAAGAGUAAGAAAAAUUAUAUGAUUAAAAUAUGAAAUUAUAGGAUGCUAAGAUGGUUGUUUAUGGAAUAGAAAAAGAGGCGAAUGAUAUUUAAAUUAAUCUUCAUAGACAUACAAAUUAACUAUAGAGCAAUAUUGAAAAAUAAUAACGUAUAUAUCUUUAAAAUUUAUUAGCUAUUAGAGAUGCAUUAGGUAAUUCAUAUUCUCUAAUAAAAACAAUGUAAGAUAGAAUUAGAAAUAACAAAUUAGUUUUAUUUUUAGUGUGCGGAAUUAUAUUAUUUGCAAUAAUUAUAAUAGUUUUUAUGCGCGUAUGA